CGCAGUGGCUUGGCGGUUCGUGGCGGCCAUUGCGCGGUCCGCUCCGUCUCCCCUUCAGCCCGACCCACCGACCGACCGACCGGGCGACCAUGCCUUCGAUUAAACUGCAAAGUUCUGAUGGAGAGAUAUUCGAAGUUGAUGUGGAAAUUGCAAAACAGUCUGUCACUAUCAAGACUAUGUUAGAAGAUUUGGGCAUGGACGACGAAGGAGAUGAUGACCCGGUCCCUCUGCCGAAUGUCAACGCAGCAAUAUUGAAAAAGGUCAUCCAGUGGUGUACCCAUCACAAGGACGAUCCCCCCCCACCCGAGGACGACGAGAACAAAGAGAAGCGAACGGAUGAUAUCCCUGUGUGGGACCAAGAGUUCCUGAAAGUGGACCAAGGAACCCUCUUUGAACUCAUUCUGGCUGCAAACUAUUUAGACAUCAAAGGUUUGCUUGAUGUGACGUGCAAGACUGUUGCAAAUAUGAUUAAGGGGAAAACCCCAGAAGAGAUUCGCAAGACAUUCAAUAUCAAGAAUGACUUUACUGAAGAGGAAGAAGCACAGGUACGCAAAGAGAACCAGUGGUGUGAAGAGAAGUGAAGCUCUGUGCCUGUCGACACUGUAACACUGUAAGGAUUGUUCCAAAUACUAGUUGCACUGCUCUGUUUAUAAUUGUUAAUAUUAGGCAAAUGCGGCAGUUGUUUCAACAGGACCUCAUUCCUCUUGCAUGGGUAGUGUGUCUUCUGAGUCCCAAUCUGAACCCCCUCGCCAUUCUUACCAGUGUAAUCACACGUCUUUUUAUUUUCCUCUGCUCUGAAUAAAACCGCACCGUGCGUGAGUCCUGGGUGGAAAGGAACAUUUUGGCUUUCUUUUCUUCUUUGGUUUGUGUAAAGCCAUUAUUGUCCAGUGAUAACUUUAGUUUUAUUGCUUCUUCGAGUGGACCUUUUAAGGAACGCUGGCCCUGUAAAUAAAACCACUUGCAAAAACGUUUUCCUGAAACAGAACCAGCCAAGCGUUCUCUUUUUUCCCCGAGUCCGAACGUUCGGGGCGCAGGGGUUCCUGGCUGUCUCCUCCCGGCGGCCCAGGGCCAGGGUAGCCCACAGGCUCCCCGCGAUGGGACGUAGGCAAAUGGCAACGGCAUCGGAAAUCUCGACCAGUGAAUGUUUUUGAGCUUGGACCAGAUGGAGGUCCAACUACCAACUGGCAGAGUGCGGUGGUCGGGCAGAGGUGUGACUAGGCAUGUUGGGAAGCUCUCACCGUCAGAUGAGACACCGAACCCAUGCAGUGUGUUGUCAUCCCUGUUCAUCCAUGUUUCUGCUUGGUGGAAUUUAGUAACAGCCCCGCUUGCAUGCGAAGUACGAACUUAACUCUUGGUUGUUCGGCCGAAACCCGCACCCACAUGAGGGCCAUAGGUGAACCUAAUCUGAGACCGUUUCAAUAAAGUCAAGUUGCAGAGCA